AUACACUACUGGAGGAAAAAUCACAGGAAUUUCUCAUUUGCACGUUAGCGGGACAGGAGGUGAAUCAAAAUACGGAGUGAUAAGUCAAUUCCCUGUAAUAGAUUCACCUGAAGAUCCACUUAAUUUCAAUAAUAUCAAUUCAGAACGUUCAUUUGAACAUUUUGAAGUUGGUUAUGCAAAAUUUGGAUUAAAACGUUAUAAUAUUACAGUUGAACUAGCGGCUAGUAAAAGAGCAGGUCUUCAUCGAUACACUUUUCCUCCAACAAAAAAUAAUGUUAAAAUUCUUAUUGAUUUACCUCAUAAUCUUAAUGUGCCUUCCUAUGCUUAUACUCAUCAGUAUCUCGGCGGGGCAAUACAAUCUAUUUCAUUUAAUCAAGUAAAAGGUGCAGGUCGCUAUAGCGGAGGUUGGAAUCAAGGAGGUCCCUAUAUAGUUUAUUUCUGUUCUCAAUUUAACGUUGAUGCUAUAGAAUUUGCGACCUGGACGGGCGAUAAUCCUUAUUAUCAAGGUCAAAUUUAUUUUGACGGAAAUACAUAUUUUGGUAAAAUUAAUGGAGCUAUUUUAACAUUUAAUGCUACCGAAAAUCCGGUAAUCACAUCAAGAGUUGGAAUUUCAUUUAUUUCGGCUAAUCAAGCUUGUGUAAAUGCUGAAAGUGAAAUACCGGAUUGGAAUUUUGAAAAGACUAGACAAGAAACUGUAAAUGCUUGGCAGACAGAAUUAGAAAAGAUAUAUGUUGAGGGAGGAACUGAUGAGUUUAAAACCAUUUUUUAUAGUAGCUUAUACAGAACCAUGAUUAUGCCUAGUGAUAGAACUGGUGAGAAUCCAAAAUGGAGGUCAUUUGAUAAAAAUGGUGAUUUAAUACCACAUUAUGGAGAUUUCUACGCUAUAUGGGACACAUUUAGAACGACAAAUCCAUUAUUUACACUUUUUCAACAAAAACGAGCUGUAGACAUUGUUAGAUCACUAAUUGAUAUAUAUCAAAAUGAAGGAUACAUGCCCGAUGGAAGAAGUGGAUUGGCGAAUGGGAUUACACAAGGUGGAUCUAAUGGCGAUAUGCUCGUGGUUGAAACAUACUUAAAAAAGUUAGGCAUGGACAUAAUAGACUGGGAUCUUGCUUAUGAAGCUUUAAUAAAGGACGCAGAAGUUGAUCCAGUUCCAGAGAAUCGCGGUCUAUUCGAGGGCCGAUUUUUAUUAUCGUAUUAUAAAAGUUUAGGCUAUAUACCUAUCCUAGAUGAGUAUAAAUAUAUGUAUGGUUUUAGCCCUUGCAGUAGAACCAUAGAGUAUUCUGCCAAUGAUUAUAGUAUUAGUCUUAUUGCUAAAGAGUUGGGUAAACAUGAUGACUAUAUUAAGUACAUAAAACGAGCAAGUUAUUGGGAGAAUCUGUGGAAUCCCAAUAUAACUUUUAAUGGUGCGAAAGGAUUUAUGAUGCCAAGGUAUAAAAACGGUACAUAUCAGAAAUUGGAUAUUUUAGGAGAAGAUGGUGUUCGUUAUGCAUUUUAUGAGGCUACUCCAUGGGAAUAUAGUUUAGAUAUACCUUUUG